CAAUUUGCAUGCGACGACUACCAGCCUCAGGUUUGUAGUUUGUAGUCGCUUAAACUUCACUACCCAGAAAUCAAUGAGAAUAAUUCGGCGCUGGUUGGCUAAAUAAAGACACAACCCCUACCCUCGUGAUUGUUCAAGGCGAUCUGCUGGUCAACUUUAACACAGCUACAUAAGGCUCAGAUAAUGUGUUUUUCCAGUGUAACCUGACGUUUCGUGAGUGCGAUGGCCUUAAACUGCAGUAGAUUUUACCGUCUUAUUUUAGGAGCACACAGCGCGGCUGAGGUCUGCUCAAAGGGAACAGUUCAACAUUACUCCAGUAUUGCACGUGAAGAAAACAGACUGCUGCAGGUCAAAGAGCUUACAGUACCUGGUGGUCAUAGGCAGGACCUUAAGGAUGCCCUGCCCUUUUCAGCAUUCCUUACUGACUCCUUCGGACGAAGACAUAAUUACCUUCGUAUUUCCCUGACUGAGAAGUGUAAUUUUCGCUGUCAGUACUGUAUGCCUGAGGAGGGAGUUACACUCACACCUCGCUCUGAGCUUUUAACAGCAGAGGAGGUGCUGACAUUAGCCAGACUUUUUGUGCUAGAGGGGGUGAACAAGAUACGCUUGACUGGAGGAGAACCCCUCAUUCGGAAAGAUAUUUUGGAUAUCAUAGUGGAAUUGAGAAGGUUGGAGGGUCUGAAGACCAUUGCUGUCACCACUAAUGGCAUGAAUUUGACCAGACUGCUGCCUGGUCUUAUGAAGGCUGGAGUAGAUCUCCUUAACAUCAGCUUAGACACUCUAGUCCCUGCCAAAUUUGAGUUCAUCACUAGACGUAAAGGAUUUUAUAAUGUAAUAAAAGGCAUUGAGAAGGCUAUUGAAAUGGGCUACAAUCCAGUCAAGAUAAACUGUGUGGUCAUGAGAGGUCUGAAUGAAGACGAGUUACUGGACUUUGUGGCUUUAACAGAGAAGAAACCUUUGGAUGUGAGAUUCAUAGAAUACAUGCCUUUUGAUGGUAACCGAUGGAACUUCAAGAAGAUGGUGAGCUAUCGGGAAAUGUUGGACUGUAUAAAGCAGAAAUGGCCCGAUUUGGAGCUGGUGCCUGGAGAAGUAACCGACAUAUCCAAGGCAUUUAGAGUACCAGGAUUUCAGGGCCAGCUGGGAUUCAUUACCUCUAUGUCAGACAAUUUCUGUGGCUCAUGCAGUCGUCUACGAAUCACGGCUGAUGGAAACCUGAAGGUGUGUUUGUUUGGGAACUCUGAGGUAUCCUUGAGGGAUUGUCUGCGUUCUGGAGCAUCUAAAGAUGAACUUUUGCACAUCAUAGGGGCGGCAGUGCGGAGGAAAAAUAAACAGCAUGCUGGGAUGAAUAAUAUAUCUCAGAUGAAGAACAGGCCGAUGAUCCUCAUUGGUGGGUGAUGUGGCUCAGGAGGCGCUAUGACCAUAACUGACUAUUGGCAUGUAAAUGUGUUCAGUCCAGGACUCUGUAAGACAAUUUCCUGAAUAAAGAUAGCACCUCCCCAAAGGACACUGCAUGGGGGCAAAGUGAGUGCCCGGGAAAGCCACUCUCCACGAUUCACAGUGGACUUCCCACUGAGACACAUUUGGGUUUCAAAGACACACCUUUAGGAUGUCAUACAUUUGUAUUCUUUUCUCUCAAAGCAAACUGUAUAUGAAAUGCUACAUGCACAAAGAAUCUAAAAUCUGUAUCUUAUUUGUUUUUCAUUGAAAUAUCUCAUUGCAAGUGGUUACAAUGGUCACACUCAUAUAAAAACAGAAUUCAAUGUUAAAGUAUAAGUAAAACUUCCUCUAAUGUUGAUAGACACCUCAUAUCCUAAACAUAAACCAAUCAUCCACUGUAUGCAAACUAAGGACAGCCCUGAGUUUUACAACAACCAAUCAGUACCAAAUUCCCAUAUGCUUUGGGUCUCUGGAUAUUUAAGGGAAUGAUGUAAAAUAGUUCGGCGGGACUUUCUAUAUCUAGAAAUUCUAUAUCUUUCUAUAUCUAGAAUAAAAUAAAAAGAAAUGUUUCUUUUUAUUUUAUUUUGAGGAAUCUGUAACCAGAUCUUCAUUCUUACCAGGUAUGCAAUGGUUUUUCUUUUUAUUCAUUCUUAUUUUAAUUGGAUUGUAAUUUGGCUUCUGAAUUAUGUUUUACCUACCUGGUUAAUAAAUUGUUAUGCUUUGCAUUCAUUCUAAUUUGCUCUGUAUUAUUGACUCUUCUAAGUUACUAUAAAGAAUGAUUAAUCCUCUGUUUAGGCAGGGAAGAUUAGCAUCACAUGCUAAUAUUGGUGAACCUCUAUUAUAACAGGGAAGCCUCUGUUACUACAGGGAAGAAUUGGUUAUCCUCUGUUUAGGCAGGGAAGAUUAGCACUACAGGUUAAUAUUGGUUAUCCUCUGCUAUAGUAGGGAAGUUUUGGUUAUCCUCUGUUCAGGCAGGGAAGAUUAGCAUCACAUGCUAAUAUGUGUUAUUCUCUGCUAUAGUAGGGAAGAAUUGGUUAUCCUCUGUUCAGGCAGGGAAGAUUAGCACUACGGGCCCUAUUUUAACGAUCUGAAACGCAAGUUCGAAGCGCAAAGCGCAAGUGACUUUGUGGGCGGAUCUUGGGCGCUGUUGCUAUUUUCCCGGCGGGAGAAAUAAGUCUUGCGCCGGGCGCAAAUCAAUAAGGGGUUGGUCUGAAGUAGGUUCAUUAUUCAUAGGUGUGGUUUGGGCGUAACGUCAAAUAAACCAAUCAGAACGCUAUCCAACAUUCCCUUUAAAUGCAAGGGCGCAAGUUCCAUGGCGGGUUGCUAUUAUUAAGACGGAUUUGACAGGCGCACGCCAGGAGCGGUUCACAGCCGAGGAGACCCACGUUCUUAUAAGAGCAGUCAAAGACAGAGAAGUUGUUUUGUUUGGGGAUGGGAGAAACCCGCCCAAAUCAGCGUCGGUUAAACAGGCGUGAGAGGAAAUAGCCGCAAUUGUCUCAUCAGCUGCGCCAAGCACUACAAUGAUGUCAGGAGACGGGGGGAUCCCAAGCUUGCCAGCAUAAAUCGGGCACGCCGGGCACACAGGAGGACAUCGCUGCGUCCACCCUCACCGCUGAAAGGGUUUGGGGGCUUUGAAAUCGGACACAAGAAACGCAAGCAAGGUCCAACCCCAAAGUACACUUACAAAUCAAGUUCACAUACAUGAAGGUUUCUUAUGAAAACAUUUUAAUUAUUAUUUAGAUAAAAUAAACGUAAUACAGCCACACAACAAACUUAUGAAAAUAUUUUAAUCGUUAUUUGCAUGAUAAUUGUUUAACGCUGCCACACAAAAUAAAUAAAAACUAUCACCACAAUGCUCACCACAAUGAUUUCCCUUAUCUCAUGUAUUAAUAUUUUUUAUUGUAACAAUUUAUGAUUUAAUGAUUUCCAUUAUCUUAUAUUUUUUAUUGUAACAAUUUAUGAUUUGCAAAAAUAACUGUUGCAUCUGUGUAGAUUAGAUAAGCAAUGCGCGUUCUGCACGCUAUACAUUAUGGUCAAGCAUGCGCCCUUAAAAUAGCAUAAUGAACCACGCGCAACGCGCCACUGACUUUAGACUAGUUUUUUUUGUUUAGUAGCGCAAUUGU